GAGCUUGCACGCAGCGUCCACAUCGCGUCCAACCUCAAAAUAGGAACACUAACUUCCCCUAUUUUUCUCCCCCCACGUUCCCACUCCCACCCAGAAUCUCUCCCCUCUCUCUCCCUCGCUCUCUCUCUCGAUCUCUCCCUCUCUCUCUCUAGGAAGAGAGCAGCGUGUGCGCCGGUGCCGGCGGUCGGGCGGGCGGGCGGAAGGAAAUGGCGGGGCAGUCGCGGAAGUGGAUGAUACUGGUGGCGACGACGUGGGUGCAGGCGUUCACGGGGACCAACUUCGACUUCUCGUCCUACUCGUCCGCGAUGAAGACCGCGCUGGGGAUCUCGCAGGUGCAGCUCAACUACCUGUCCGUGGCGUCCGACAUGGGGAAGGCCUUCGGGUGGUGCUCCGGCGUGUCGCUCCGGUACGUCCCCCUGUGGACCGUCAUGUUCAUGGCCGCCUUCAUGGGGCUCUUCGGCUACGGCAUCCAGUGGCUCCUCAUCCAGCAAGUCAUCACCUUGCCUUAUUUCCUGGUAUUUUUCCUGUCUUUGAUGGCUGGUUGUAGCAUCUGCUGGUUCAACACGGUAUGCUACGUUCUGUGCAUCGGGAACUUCCAAUCAAACAGGGCACUAGCAUUAGCCCUCACCAUCAGUUUCAACGGCGUAAGUGCUGCAAUAUACACUCUCAUAGCCAAUGCAAUAAACUCCGAUGACGACACCCUCUAUCCCUUCCUAAACGCCAUUGUCCCUCUCUUUACGUCGGGUGUCGCCCUGAUCCCUGUCCUCCGCCAACCGCCGCCUCAGGAGCUCCCACCUGAUGCCAUUAAACAUGAUUCACGCAUCUUCCUCUUUCUCAAUGGUGUUGCUGUCCUCACAGGCCUUUACCUCCUCCUACUCAACCCACUCUCUUAUAAUUCAAACCGAGCACGUCUCUUCCUGGUGGGGGCCAUUCUCCUCCUUGUCCUUCCCCUGUGCCUCCCUGGCAUAGUAUAUGCUCGAGACUGGGCCCGUCGUGUUAUCAGUUCAAGCUUAAGUCUCAAUGGGUCAACUUUCAGUCUUGUAGAUGUUGAUGACCUUGAGCUUCAUAAGGAACUGAUUGGAAGCGAACCAGCAGGGGUCCAUGCUGCAAUGAACGGGAAUGGGAACACAAGUACAUUCAUUCUACGAGCUAAAGAUGGGUGUUGUGGAAAUGUGAUGGAAAAGGAUCAGUUGACAGUAUUGGGCGAGGAGCACUCGGCUAGGUUGCUUGUGUGUCGCUGGGACUUCUGGUUAUACUAUCUGGCUUAUUUGUGUGGGGGAACAAUUGGGUUGGUGUACAGCAACAAUCUAGGGCAAAUUUCGCAAUCACUUGGAUUCGGCGCUCAGACUAGUGCAUUUGUCACUCUCUACUCAUCUUGCUCUUUCUUUGGCCGUCUGCUUUCAGCUGGUCCAGACUUCCUCCGUGACAAGAUAUACUUUGCAAGGACUGGGUGGCUUGCCAUAGCACUCGUUCCAACACCAAUCGCUUUCAUUUUGCUUGCCACAUCAGGUAGUGAGACAAUUCUGCGCACUAGUACCGGCAUGAUUGGGCUCAGCUCCGGCUUCGUAUUCUCUGCUGCAGUCUCAGUCACAUCCGAGUUGUUUGGGCCAAAUAGUGCUGGGGUCAACCACAACAUCCUUAUCACCAACAUUCCAAUAGGUUCACUCCUCUACGGCCUUCUUGCAGCUCUCGUGUAUGACGCUGGUGCAGAGACCACAGCGCGCGAAAGCUUGCUUGGUGAUGCUACGAUAUGCAUGGGUAGGAAAUGUUAUCAGCAGACAUUUAUAUGGUGGGCCUGUAUUUCAAUGGUGGGUCUAGCUUCCAGCAUAUUGCUCUUCCUACGAACCAAGCCUGCUUAUGACCGGUUUGAGAGGAACAGAAAUAGGAGAGAAUUUUCUUAGCUCCUGCAUGUGAAGAAAUUUUUGAUGCAGUAGAAUAUACAAAAGUGAUGGAUAUAGCCAGCUCAACGAAACACGAUUGAAAAAUCCUCAUCCCCCUUGGGGUGAUGGAGAAAUCAACUCAACCAUGUAUAAAUACCAGGAUGAGUGAGAAAGUUUACGGGUGACAGCCCUCAGAUCUCCUAGUGAGCCACACUACUGUGGAGCUGCAUGACCAGCUGCCCAUUCCUUAGUCAAAUUUAUUUAGCACUAGAAUUCUGUGUAACCAUGGUCUCAGAAAUAACAGAGCCUAAUUAACAUC